AUGUCUGAAAGAGAGUGCCAUCCGAAUAUAUUUCAGGGGAUUGAGCUCAAAAACCCGUUAGUCAGUUAUGAAAGAAGAAGUGACCAUGCUUUGCCAGCCGAGCAAUCCAGAGAUUCAGCAUCUAAGUUUGAUAUUAAAAAAUUGAGAAAGAUCGAAGUCAGCGGUUUUCAGGGACAAAACCUAAGAAAGCUGAUCACUAUUUACGGCUAUUUUAGUAAGUUUCAGAUAUUUAAUAAUAUAAGACCAGGCUCGCUUCAUCAUUUGCAAAGGAGAUGCUGGAUCAAGAGUAUAAUUCGCGGGUUAUUAUGGGUAUUCAUAAAUUUUUAG